AUGAAGAAGAAUUUGGCACUAGGCCAGUACAGUUUUAGAAGCGUGCCCGACACGGCCCGACAUCGCGCUUCACCCGUGCGCACAUGCGGGGCGUUUAGAACGGGUACUUUUAGGGGCAGCUGGAGGCGGCCUCGGAGACAGCACCGGGCCGGAACCUCCGGGCCGGGGCCUCGGGCCGAGCGUUCCCUUGGUCAGGGCCGUCCCCGCGGGCCGGGGUCUCCGCCAGCCCCGGCAGCGCGGGGCGGCCGAGUGGCGGCUGUGGCGCUGUGCGGGGCGCGGCGGGCGGGGGGCGUGGUGGCGGAUGAGCUGGGAAAAGGCACCGCCCGCGGGGACCUGCAGCGCCUCAGGGAGCUGCUGGACGGAGCGGCGGACCCCAGCCCCGUCAACUCCUACGGCAGGACCCCCAUGCAGGUGAUGAUGCUGGGCAGCCCGCGGGUGGCCGAGCUGCUGCUGCGGCGCGGAGCCGACCCCAAUCGCCCCGACCCUCGCACCGGCUGCCUCCCGGUUCACGACGCGGCCCGCGCCGGCUUUCUGGAGACCCUGGCUGUGCUGCACCGGGCCGGGGCGCCCCCCCCCCUCCCCGCCGGCCGCGGCCGCCUGCCCCUCGACGUGGCGGCGGGGAGCCCGCACGGAGCGGUGGGGCGAUACCUGCGCGACCCGCGGCUCCGCGCCUCACCUCUCCCCGGGCAUCCCUUCCCCAAAGUUACUGCGCGCGCCCGACUCGGAAGACACCAAGUCGAACAGUAA